AAGUAGCCACAUUUUCUGGCUUGGAGACCUCCUCUUCGGCUCUAUAUACAUUGGUUGCGAUACGCCGCCACAGCCUACGUAUCUGGCUCGACGCCGCCUGAACUCUGACUCUCUCGAGCGACUCUGCUGGCAGUUGUGUCUGUAUGGAGACGAGCGCGCUGAGGUCCGACCUGGAGACACGACGGCAGUCUUUUCGUUUUCUUCUAUCACCGCGGAAAUCGUUUGUUUUUCUCCUCGUUCACCACGGGAGACUCGCGCCUUGUUCGCCGUCUGGCGCUGUCCCCGUCUUCCGACUCUUUCCUGGUCGCCGCUCAGAGCGGUAACCGUCCAGACUGAAGGCUGCGAUUUUCGCCGAACGCGUGCGGUGUAUGUACACCUGAAGAUGCUAGGCUGUAUGCUGCAGAGCGGCGCUGGGGAACGCGAGACACUCGGCAGAUGUUCUUCGGAGCUAUUUGUUUCUUUUCUUCUCCUCGGUGAGCAUUGAGCGUCAUUGGUUCACGAAUCUCCACGUUUCCUCGGAGAAAGACGGCUCCGCGAACACCGCCGCCCGCCUGCGAAAAAAGCACACACGACCGCGGGAGAAACACCCCAAAUUUGCGUGCUGUGUGCCGGAUCCGACGAACGCACUCCGAGAGUCUCGCUCCCAUUUCAGUUUUUGCGGAACACUUGAAGCUUUAAAACGCGACUGCCUCCGACUCAAAGAGUCUCCUUCUCUAUCCAGACAAGCGCCGCGCCGUCCACUCUCUCGACACUGUGCGCACCCAUUUCGGGAGAGAGCUCUUUUAGGGGAGGAAGCUUUUUCCUCGCUUUGCCGUCGCUUGACUUUGGAAGAUUUUAUUUUCUCGUUCACGUCUGGAAUCGUCUCGCCUGCGAAAGACGGAAGCGCCCUGUGCCCCUGCGCGCUCCCGUCUCUUUGAGCGAUCUCGAAACGCGCGCGAAGAAAGAGUGAAGAAACGACGCAGAAAAAGAGGAAAACGAGAGCCGCCCCAGUGCACGCCGUUUCUGUCCCGAAUCGCUGAAGGUCGCCUGCUUCUUCCUGUGCAAACGCAGAACUUUUGCCGUCCUUCGCUGCUCUUCCUGGCCAGCAGUUGACCUGUCUGUGGCUCUUGCCGCACUUGAGUCGACGCCCCACUCGUGACAGAGAAGACGACUACACAGAACUCGGCUCUCCCCAUCUCUCUCUGUCUCUCGGUCUGUCUGUCUCCUGCGCUCUUCUUCCAGUUGCGAAAGAACUUUUUUGCAGGCCUCCACCUCGAAGGCGCCUCUCUCUCUCUGGGAGAAACUCUAAGAGCUGCCGACAGAUUCCCUGCCCGAGCCUGCAGACAUUUUCCCGGGCGUUCCUCGAACGAAGCUCAACAGACAGCGGAGCGCGAGCAAAAAUGGAAGCAAACGCAUCAGAGAACUCGAAACUGUCGGAAUCUCCCGUCGCGAAUGCUGAGGAGAACCGCGUGGAGGACGCAGCCAUGAGCGACUCACUGUCGAGUGUACAGACAGACGACGAGAAGGCCAAAGACGAAGACGAGGAGACUGUAGACGGAACCCCGGAAGAAAGGAUGACACUUGCACUCUCCUGCAAAGACGCAGGAAACGACGUUUUCAAGAGUGGAGACGUCUCGGCAGCGAAAGCAAAGUACACCGAGGGACUGAAGCAACUGAAAGACUUGGACUUUCCGGACGCGAAGCGACUGCGCGUGGCGCUGAACUCGAACGUGGCGAUGUGCUGCAUCAAAACCCAGGAGUGGUCUGCGGCGAUUGCUGCGGCGAACGCCGUCCUGCAGGAAGAGCCUGAAAAUGUGAAGGCUCUGUAUCGUCGGGGCGUGGCUCGCAGUGCCUUCGGUUUUUAUGCGGAGGCGAAGGCGGACUUGCUUCAAGUAGCUCGUCUCGAUCCGAAGAACGCAGACGCCCGGAAAGAGCUGGAGAAAGUGAAAGAACGCAUUGCCAAACAUAACGCUGAGAAGAAAAAGGCCUUUAGCGGCUUGUUCGACAGAGCCGCGGGCAUGUACGCGGACAGGGAAGAGCAAAUGCGCCAGAAGCGGUUGCAGGAGGAGGAGGAAGAGAAGAGGCGACAAGAAAUGUGGGAAAAGGAAAUGGAAGAGAGGAGAGAGAAGGGAGAAGAAGAGAUUUCUUUUGCAGACUGGAAGGAGGAGCGCCGGAAAGUGGAGGAGGAGAAGAAAGACAAGCAGCGAAGAGAGCAGACCAGCUCUCCGUCUUCGUCUCCGUCAACGACAGCUUCCUCGGGGAGAACGAGCAAGAAGACAGGGGGCGUGGAGUCUCUGGAGCUCGACGAAGAAGACGAGAAAAUCAUCAACGAAACGAAGAAGAUGGGGUACUGCUACUUCCGUCGGGACUUAACCGAAGAGGAAAAGAAGCUAAAUGCUCAGCACCGCCCGACAAGAAUCGAACCAGCCGCGAAUGCAGCGACCUCCGGAGCCUCAGCAGGGAGCUCUCCAGUUGCUUCCAAUGCCGAGAAUUCCGCGGGUGGAGCAGCCAAGCAGAGCGGCGUUUCUUCUUGGAACUCCGCAGGAACAACUUACGAGGAAAAAGACGUUUCGGAGUGGGCAAAAAAACGAUUUGAGGCGCGACUGAAGGAAGCGAAAGUCCUUCGCGGCAACGACAUCGAUUCGCUGCUGCAGAACCCUGAGCAUCUCGUCAACACUCUCCAGGGAUCGGCAAAGGGUGGGGACUCUGCAGAUCCUCUCGCGUCUCUGCAGAAACUCAUGGGGCAGUUCAUGCAGACAGAAAUCAAGUGCAAGGAGGUGACAGGACUGACGGGAGAUGCCCAGGUCGUCGUGAUGCGCGGGACGAAACGCUUCCUGUUUGAGUUUGCAUGCACGGUCGUCUUCGAAGUUUCGGGGGAACUCUCGCUUCCCGACAGUGGACUCGUGCCGACUGCCGGAGACAAAGAUGGCACCAAGUUCUCUUACAAGGGAGAGAUUACUCUACCGGAAGUGAGCAGUGCAGACGGCAAGGGCGAGGCGUGGCUGACGGGCAGUCGCAUCAAAAUGAAGCAGAAAGUGGAUCCCCGGAACCAACCAAUUGUCGACGAGUGCAUUGAGGCCUUCAAGAAGCAGCUGGUCCACCAGAUUCACCAAUUUCUCUCAGACUUCUCCAAGAUAGCGUAAAAAAGCCGUUUCGGAGUGUGCCUCUCCCCUUCCCGCUGAAUGUUCAUAGUAGACUGAAGAUCCCAAUGAGCAGUCGUAACGCGGGGGUGACGACGGCGCGCGUCGACCAAGAAUCGAAUGGCCGGGUAUAUAUAAAUGCUGGGUUUACAAGUAUAUGCUGGAUACCUCUAUACUUAUUGCACGUAACAUGAUGGUCGUGAAGAGCACAAUAGAACUUGGAUCCGGUAAACAAAGACCGAGACCUAGACAAGUAGUCCAACUCGUUUCACGACAUUUGCGGUGUGCGUAGACCUGGCACCGGAUCCCGUUCCUUCGCUUCGAGGCGACUUAUCUGUCUUCGCCGCCUCUCGGGAGGCGCGUCCAGAAUCCGGUUUUUUCGUCUACCUCGUCCUAUGCUUCACGCCCACGUGCACAUGUGUCUUUCCGAACAAAUGAAUAUUCUCGAUAUGUUUGCCGGUGUGUCUACGUCACUGCGUGGCUAGGGUGCUGCUUCUCUGUCACUCUGUAGAGAUUUUUAUGACGCUGUUUGCCUUUAUGAAUGGGUGCCUGUUUACCUUGUCUUGUGCUACGCAUGCAUGCGGUUUUUCCACAGGGGUAAACCGCAGGUAGCUGUCUGUCGUGUUCUUCCAUGUCGCUCUUGAGGAACGUGUUUUCUGCGUCUCUCUUCUCUAGUGCAUGGACGUCUUUGUUCUGUUGGAAACGCGUGAUAUCUCUGCCGGCCGGUUGUACCGAGUGUCUUCCUGUUUCGCGCUCUCAGGUCCUCCUUCCGUUGAUUGCGCAUUUGGGUUGAAUAUGUUUUCGAUAGUAUCAAUGCAACAUCAAAAACUACCUCACCAACCACUGUGAAAUCAG